UUUGAGUCAACCUUGUUUUCUUCAGGUGCAUUAUUUUCCUAGUACUAAUUUAAGAUUACUAAUUUUGAUUUUGAUUACGUUAACAGAUUCUACGAUGAAGCUGUAAUUAAUGUAGUAUUUUGUUGAUGAUGAGAAAGGGCAACGUGGAUUUAUUGGUUGAAACUUAGUGUCUUAUUCUUACAGCUGCUCUGAGAUAAUAGAUUUAUUUGAUUCUUUGCUUCCCCUCAUAAUGUGCCUUUUCAUAUGUUAGGUGUCUUCAAAAACACCUUCCACUCUUACGUUGUUAAAUGCUAAAUCUUCAACAGGGUUUUUGAAUCUAAGGUUGUCUUUUUCAGAUCCAUGUAGUGUGGAAUAGUGUCUUUACUUAGAUUCAUCAAGGGUUAGUUUUUUUGAGUUGUGUGUUGUACACACCAGGUGUUUGUUUAUUUGUGUCUGUGAAAGUGUGAAACUGUGAAAGUGUGAUCUGUUGUGUUAAUGGCUCCGAGGUUGGAUUUUUCAAGUUGGUGGGUGAAGGAUACACAGAAAGGGACACCAGUGGUGGUGAAAAUGGAGAACCCCAGUUUCUCUGUUGUGGAGAUUAGUGGUGCAGAUGCUGCAUUUAGGCCGGUGGAGAAGAAUCGCGGUAAGAAUGCUAAGCAAGUUACAUGGGUUUUGCUGCUCAAGGCGCAUCGUGCGGUUGGUUGUGUUACUUGGUUAGUGACUGUUCUUUGGGAUUUGCUUGGAGGGAUUAAGAAGAGGGUGGUUCAGAGACAAGGAGUGGCUGUUGAGAAAGGGAAGUUGUUGUUUAGGAUUAUUAGUUUGUUUUUAGUGAUUUCUUUGGCUGUUUUGGCUUUUGAGGUUGUUGCUUAUCUUCAAGGUUGGCAUUUUGGGAAUCAUAAUUUGCACAUUCCUCAUAGUUCUGAUUUUGAAAGGUUGUUCCAUGUGGCUUAUGUUGCUUGGUUAACGUUCCGUGCUGAAUACAUUGCUCCACCAAUUCAGGCGCUUUCGAAGUUUUGUAUUGUUUUGUUUGUUAUUCAAUCUGUCGACCGUCUGCUUCUUUGUUUGGGGUGCUUUUGGAUCAAACUCAGGAAGGUUAAGCCAAGAAUUAGUGGGGACCCCUUCAAGGUUGAUGAUGUUGAAGGAUCUGUAUGCAAGUAUCCAAUGGUCUUGGUUCAAAUUCCAAUGUGCAAUGAGAGGGAGGUGUAUGAGCAAUCUAUUUCUGCAGUCUGCCAAAUCGACUGGCCAAGGGAUCGUUUACUGAUUCAAGUACUUGACGAUUCUGAUGAUGAGAGCAUACAAUGGUUAAUUAAGGCUGAGGUCUCUAAGUGGAACCAAAAGGGAAUCAACAUAAUCUAUCGGCAUCGCCUAAUCAGGACUGGAUACAAAGCUGGAAAUCUUAAUUCUGCAAUGAACUGUGACUAUGUGAAAGACUAUGAAUUUGUUGCAAUAUUUGAUGCAGACUUUCAACCAAAUCCUGAUUUUCUUAAGCAAACUGUGCCACAUUUCAAGGACAAUCCUGAACUAGGUUUGGUCCAAGCUAGAUGGUCUUAUGUGAACAAGGAUGAAAAUUUGUUGACCCGUCUUCAAAAUAUAAAUUUAUGCUUCCAUUUUGAAGUAGAACAGCAGGUCAAUGGGGUGUUUCUUAAUUUUUUUGGUUUCAAUGGAACUGCCGGUGUUUGGAGAAUCAAAGCCCUUGAAGAGUCCGGAGGCUGGCUAGAGAGGACAACUGUAGAAGAUAUGGACAUUGCUGUCCGAGCUCAUCUUAAUGGUUGGAAAUUUAUCUUCCUAAAUGAUGUAAAGGUACUUUGUGAAGUUCCCGAGUCAUAUGAAGCUUACAGAAAGCAACAACACCGCUGGCAUUCAGGGCCUAUGCAACUUUUCAGGCUGUGUCUCCCAGCAAUUUUGAAAUCUAAGGUAUCACCAUGGAAGAAAGCAAACUUAAUUCUGCUAUUUUUUCUGCUAAGGAAAUUAAUCCUUCCCUUUUACUCGUUCACUUUAUUUUGCAUAAUCCUUCCUCUAACCAUGUUUGUCCCAGAGGCUGAACUCCCUUUAUGGUUAAUCUGCUAUGUUCCGGUAUUCAUGUCGAUCCUGAACAUUCUUCCCGCACCUAAAUCUUUUCCUUUUAUUGUUCCCUACCUCCUUUUUGAAAACACCAUGUCUGUUACUAAAUUCAAUGCAAUGGUAUCUGGUCUUUUCCAAUUGGGUAGCUCUUAUGAAUGGAUUGUCACAAAGAAAGCUGGAAGGUCGUCCGAGUCCGAUUUACUUGCUGCUGCAGAAAGGGAAACUAAGUCAAUAGAACAACAAAAGAUCCAUAGAGGAGCUUCUGACAGCGAACUUGUUGAGUUACACCAAUUGAAGGAACUCAAAGAAGCAGCUGUAGAACCUGUUAAGAAAGCUAAUAAGAUAUAUAAGAAAGAACUGACUUUGGCAUUCCUUCUUCUCACUGCUUCUGUCAGAAGUCUGUUAUCUGCACAAGGAGUUCAUUUCUACUUUCUGCUUUUCCAAGGAAUAACUUUCCUCCUUGUAGGCCUCGAUUUGAUUGGAGAACAAAUGAGCUAGUUAUUUUUCGUUAAAAACAGAAAAAGAAGAAGAAAAAAAAGAUCCGUGCCGACACGACACAAACACAUGGUUACAUUCAAUUAUUAUUUGUGGCAACGUUGCAGUAUCAGUGUCUUGUCCGUGUUUGUAUCUGUGCUUCGACGAGCAAACAAAAUUCGGUCUUAUUCGUUUCUUUCUGAAACUCCCGGUACAGAUCAAGCAAAGAUAUUUAAUUUGAAGUACCAAAACAGGCUUCUCUGUUUUUCAACUCCAUCCAUUUUCAUUCUUUCACACGAUUCAUCACAAGUAUUUCUUAUAGGACACUGGUCAUUGUACUCUUACAGAUAUUGAAUUCUUGUUAAUCUGUUUAAACUAGGUGUAUAAAAUAUUCAGUUUUCUCCA